CGCUGCGGCGGGAGUCGCGGCGCGCAUCAGGGAAGCGGGCGGCCGUAAGGGAAUGCGCAGGCAAGCUGCUGGCGACGCUGUCGCGACAGGCGGCCGGCGUCGUGACGUCGGAGCACCAUAACAUGGUGUGGGAAGUAAAGACAAAUCAGAUGCCUAAUGCAGUACAGAAACUCCUGCUGGUGAUGGACAAGAGAGCGUCAGGAAUGAAUGACUCCUUGGAGUUGCUGCAGUGUAAUGAGAAUUUGCCAUCCUCUCCAGGAUACAACUCCUGUGAUGAGCACAUGGAGCUUGAUGACCUUCCUGAACUUCAGGCUGUUCAGAGUGAUCCUGCCCAGUCUGCCAUAUACCAGCUAAGUUCAGAUGUAUCUCAUCAAGACUAUCCAAGACCAUCUUGGAGCCAGAAUACCUCAGACAUAUCAGAAAAUGCUCACCGUGAAGAUGAGGUGGACUGGCUGACAGAAUUAGCAAAUAUUGCCACUAGUCCACAAAGUCCACUGAUGCAGUGCUCCUUCUACAACAGAUCAUCUCCUGUACACAUCAUAGCUACUAGCAAAAGUUUACAUUCCUAUGCACGCCCACCACCAGUGUCCUCUUCUUCAAAGAGCAGGCCAGCCUUCCCUCAUGACCACUGGAAGGAAGAAACACCAGUAAGACAUGAAAGGGCGAACAGUGAGUCCGAGUCUGGCAUUUUCUGCAUGUCCUCCCUGUCAGAUGACGAUGACCUAGGCUGGUGCAAUUCCUGGCCGGCAACUGUUUGGCACUGUUUUCUGAAAGGCACACGACUGUGCUUCCAUAAGGAAAACAAUGAGGAAUGGCAAGAUGUUGAAGACUUUGCUAGAGCCGAAGGCUGUGAUAAUGAGGAAGAGAUUCAAAUGGGCACUCACAAGGGCUAUGGUUCUGAUGGUCUAAAGUUGUUAUCCCAUGAAGAGAGUGUGUCAUUUGGUGAGUCUGUGCUGAAGUUGACAUUUGAUCCUGGUACAGUAGAAGAUGGCUUGCUUACUGUGGAGUGUAAGCUGGACCACCCAUUCUAUGUUAAAAAUAAAGGUUGGUCAUCAUUUUAUCCAAGCUUGACUGUGGUACAGCAUGGCAUUCCAUGUUGUGAAAUUCAUAUUGGUGACGUAUGUCUACCUCCUGGACACCCUGAUGCCAUUAAUUUUGAUGAUUCAGGUGUUUUUGAUACAUUUAAAAGCUAUGACUUCACACCUAUGGACUCUUCUGCAGUUUAUGUUUUGAGUAGUAUGGCUCGCCAGCGCCGUGCAUCUUUGUCUUGUGGAGGACCUGGUAGCACUCAAGAGUUUGCUGGCUCUGAAUUCAGUAAAAGCUGUGGUUCACCUGGGCCAUCACAGCUCUCCUCGGAUUCUCUGUAUGCUAAAGCUGUCAAAAGCCACAGCUCAGGGACUGUGAGUGCCACUUCUCCUAAUAAGUGCAAAAGACCAAUGAAUGCCUUCAUGCUUUUUGCCAAAAAAUACAGAGUUGAAUAUACUCAGAUGUAUCCAGGGAAAGAUAACAGAGCCAUUAGUGUGAUCCUUGGUGACAGGUGGAAAAAAAUGAAGAAUGAGGAAAGGAGGAUGUACACAUUAGAAGCAAAGGCUUUGGCUGAAGAACAGAAGCGUUUAAAUCCUGACUGUUGGAAAAGGAAAAGAACCAAUUCAGGCUCUCAACAACAUUAAACCUGAUGCUUGUAUUUUUAAAUCUGUAUCUGCCUAAGUACUGACUCUGGAUGGAAAAGCCUGGAAGACCUUGGUCUCACUGUUUGUGCUGAAUUUGAGUGACCAUAAGAUACCGAUAGCAUUGAGUCCUGAAAUGAUUUAAUGAGUGAGGAUUUGCUUUCUCCAUUAGAGCAUUAAGUAAGCUACAACUAUCAACAUUGUAAACCAAAUUGCCUUAUUUUCCUUCCAAACUUCAUAUAUGUCUAUCAGGUAAUAUAGGCUUGAAAAUUGAUAUCCUGUGGUGCUAAAGUACAGUAGAAAGAAAGAUGUGUAUACAUGUUUUAUUUUAAAUUGUAUGAAGGGGAAUUAAAAAAAAUAUGUAACUGCUGUUUAUACAUCAGCUCCUUACUGCUUAUUAAUCUGUAUUGUACCCACGAUAUCAGGAAUGAAGCAGAAGCUGGCCUUUUUGUGAGUAGCCAUCACAUGGCCCAGCAUCUGUGCCAAACACAGUCGCUUCUAGUCUGGCCAGUGCCAAGAGACAAUAUAACAUGGCAGGUAGAUGGUGUCAUUGUCCUAGCUAAAAGAGCCACCUGCUUCAGAUACCACAGACAUAUGCUGAGUGAAUGCACCAGGGGGCAGCACUCCUCCAUGAUUUCCAGAGGGGGCCAAACCUGACGGAGCUGCAGUUGGUUAAUAGCAUUUGGGAUAGUCACUGUAAUGGUGCUUUUGACAGUCGACACCAUUGUAUUUUAACUAUUCUCUUUCCUCAACCACACAUCUGACAUCUGUUUGUCACUGUUCUCUAUGGUGGGGCAGACUUUGCACUUACUGAAGUGCGACCCUUGCACUUUACUUCCCUCAGCUUCUAAACUAGAGCCAGGGCUGUGGCAGGACAACUGCUGCUGCUCUGAGCUACAAUCAUGGCUUCUCAUGUUACUUACCAAGUGGUAUUUUUGGUUAGGAAUCACAGCUGUAAAAUUGAUUUCAGUUCAUUACACUUCUUCAACAUGUUGCCCCUCAAUUUUGCACACUAUAUUCUUGUAUAUUAUUUGAAAUAAAAUUAAAGAAAAAAACUCUUUCUGGUUUCUGAUUGACUGACUGAAUUUAUGUAUAACUAUCAGAACAAUUUGACCAGCAGAUGGAAAAUGUUCAUGAUAAAAUGAAUUCUGGUGUUAUAACUAAGUUCCUGGUAGAUUUUUAAAAUCUACUCCAUUAUUAACAUUCUUUAAGACAAUAGAAAAAUAAGGACUUAUAUUUAUAGAGAGCCUUUGUAGAAAUUUUUAUUUUUUAGCUUGUCUUUGUUCCAAAGCCCAAGUGCCUGUUUUGAAUAAAAUGACAAAGUAUAAAGGAAACCUUGGCUUCAUUUAAAGAUGUAGCAACAUGUCAUAAGAACACUGAGUGUGCAUCUGUCUCAGCUCGGUUCUGCUGAUCACUUGCCUUGACUGCACAUCAGUAUCACUUUCAGGAUAGUCCUCUGUCAGGUGUGCAUUCAGGGACUCCCCAGUGUUGAUUCUAGAGUGAGAUUUGAAAACCAUUACUGUGGUUGGAGAAAGCAGGGUGAGCGAGCUUGUCCCUUGAGAAGCAAUGCAAGUGCAGGGAAUCAACAGCAUGAUGGUGCACGCGCGCGCACACACAUACACCUAAA